AUGAACUCUGACCGUGAUCAGUCCGCCAUCCACUUCGAGGGUAACCUCUCUCCUGAGCAGCGUUCCGCUAUCCUCGUAUUUGCCGACCGCAUCCUUCGAGGCCGCGGUCGCUUUGCGAAGUCUACCGGCUCUCGUCUCGAGGUCACUGAGGUCUCGCUUUACGAGAGGGAGGAAGACAAGAAGACGCAGAUGCGGAUGGUCUUCGAAGUCGACGUGAAUGAAGACAUGCUGAACUCCGGCGACACGGCUUACUCGCGCGUCCGCACCGUCGUCUUGCGUCCCCGAACCCACCGCAGUUGCUCGUUCAUCACCCUUUACGCCCUCGGCAUCGCGACCGACAGGAAGAUGCGCCUCGUGUCACAGGCUCUUACCACCGUGUUCCACGCGCCCGCGAAGACAGGCGCGAAGCUGCGCAUUGUGAAUACCACCGUAGCUUUCGGCGCGCGCACGGUCACUGCGCGUACAGAGAUCUGGGAUGCUACCAAUCGGAGGCUCGUCGCGUCGGGCGUGAACAGUCAGAUGCAGCCGUCCGUGGCCAAGCUGUAAUUCUAGAAUAUGCGUGUAUUUCGAGCUGGGUGCGACAUGACCGCCGGGCGGUGCUAUGUGGACGGCGCGCAGCCGCCUCACACGCCGCCGACCACACGGGCGAUGGCAGAGCCCGGACGUGCGCCGCGGACGCAGAUCCCGGAGGUGCAUUGCUGCUGCGACCUCAGGUACGCCCGAUUUGUUAUAUUGACUUUGCUGGGAUCUGCUCGUGCUGUGCACGCUGUGUGGUUUGCCGUUUGCCGGUGCCUGGUUUGUACGUACCACGCCCGGUUUCUGCUGCAGGCGCGACCUUUGGACGUGUUACUCUGAAGGUUGCCGCCUGGUUGUCGGGCUUGAGAUGGUGAUAAUUUGUCGGAUGGGCGUGGGGGAAGGCGCGAAAUGCUAGUCUGCUAUGGUAAAACGAUGCAACAGAGAGCCAACGCUGACUGCCCCGAAACAAGCAUGUCUGGCAUCGACCCCCAACCUAUCCUCGUUCAGAAGGCCUCUGUUGGAGCCAUGUGCACGCUCUUGCUGUAUGAACUGACCCUCACUAUCGAUCGUGAAGUGGGAAUGUUCUGGAAACCGCCUUUCACGCGGACUACCGCCCUCUUCCUCCUCAAUCGCUAUGUAUCUCUCGCAAAGUACCCAAUAACUUUGAUGACGUACGUCUCGGUUUCGCAAAAGAAGUACGCCGUAUCGUUCAAGCCGAGGUAUCUUGACGCGGCGAAUACUUCCUGACAGCUGCGACGUCCUCAUUCGGAUUGGCGAAGUCGUGGAGAUUAUCCCGUACGUCGUAUGGGCCAUGUUUUCCGCCUUGCGUAUCCACGCGUUGACUGGACGUGACCGACGGCUCAUCGCCCUGGUUGUAAUCGUGCUGUUAUGUGUCCCAGACGGGACGAAUCUU